GAGAAGGCUUUUAUGUCCGCUAUUACUGCUGUGUCUAUGUUGAAAUGGUGCCUUCUGCUUGCUGCCAAUAUGUCAUGGUGUUUGGAAAGAGGUGGUAGAAGGACAUGUUCUGCUAAGAAUGCUAAAUGUCCAAUUUCCGUGAGGUCAGAGGCAGAGUGGUAGCGAUGUCAUCGCAUUUCCUUGCGCUAUAAGAAGGGCCUCUUUGGGACAUGAUUUCUAAGUCAUCUGACCGUCUACCGGAAGAGAGAAGCAGCUGACCGAGAAGCCCAGAUGCCCAAGCCCCAAAGCACCAAUGUUGUCCUUGCUCCAUCUGCGGACGAUGAACCCCAAUCGGAUGUUAAAGAUAAAGAACAGAGCACCCCAUGGAGCCGCAGGACUCCUGGGGUAUUUUCACAGCUGCCGCAGCAGCCUCUGAACCCUUAUGUCAUGGUGACUCCUACAAGUUCCCUCGGUUCUUCUACCCACCUGCGUGCACUCCUUCACGACAGUAAACAAGCUGUAGUAAUCCAUCCUCUCUCCAGAGAUUCUGUCACUCAGUCCCCUGUUAUCCAUCUAUCCCCUGCUACAUCAUCGUCAAUACUGAACGUUCCACCAGCAAAGAUACUACCUGUCAUGGCAAAGCAUAAGCCUCAAAGUUCCAUAAUACAAGGAUCCGAUCUAAGUCUUGCAUGGGUCCAGGAAAAAACACGUUUUGGAAAAGCAGAAGUCACACGGAUUAAGAAUGGUGUAGCAUCUGGAUCUCAGCACCACCCAUCAUCCCAAGAUACGGAGACAUGCCACAAAAAACCCUCUAGUGAUGAGCAGAGCAAAGAUAGCACUGAAUUCCUCUACCCGAUGUAUUACGGAGGCAUCUGUAAAUUUCCUGGUUGUGAGAAGGUCUUUGCAGAUCAUCGUAAUUUCCUCAGGCACCUACACAAUGAUCAUAAUCUGGCUGAUAAAAGUACCAUGCAAUGCCUUAUCCAGAAUGAAGUGGUCCAUAGUCUAGAAGAGCAGCUGGCGGUAGAAAAGAAGAAACUCUAUGAGAUGCAGAAGCAGAUGGCUGGCAAAAUAAACAUCCAAACAGUCCACCUUCCUAAGCAGAGGGAGCGCAACCUCAUCCUACACCACCCCAGUGUCUCUUCCUGGCCCGGUCUGAAUGUAUCAGUCCCAUUCCAAAAGGAAUUCCCCGAAACAGUUCUGGCUGUAAGACAACAUCUCUGGGAAGGGAGCAGUAUUAAUAUAUUUCAAGAUAUGACAAACUGUAUUGAAUAUUACAAAGUAAACUGCGUCAGACCACCUUUCACAUACGCCUCUCUCAUUCGAUGGGCUAUCCUGGAAUCCCCCCAGAAACAGCUGGCACUAAAUGAGAUUUAUCAUUGGUUUACCAGAAUGUUUGCAUUCUUCAGGUCCAACAAGAUCACAUGGAAGAAUGCAGUUAGACACAACCUAAGCCUCCACAAAUGUUUUGUGCGAGUUGAGAAUAUCAGAGGAGCUGUUUGGAUGGUAGACGAGCUGGAAUUUCAAAGGAAAAGAGGGGUGCGAAGUUCACGCUGAGUAACGGCGCGGCUAUACGGCUUUGGCACUUCAACACACGGGGCUCCUUGUGUACAAACCAUCCUCUCCCUAUGUAACUAGUGGUGUAUAAUUCUCCACCUGGCAAUAAAGUUUGACUGGCGUUGUAUCCACAUCUACACCUCGAUACAGAUCUAAAGACUGUUUCACGACAAAUGUUCGCUGGUAAAAAUUCUGAAUCUUUUUUUUCUCCUCUCUUUUUCACUGCGUGAGCCAGACAUAUGCUCGGGAUUUACAACAGUUAUAAAAUGUAAACUGUUUUCCGCUACACAUCACAAAAUGUGGCUUUCCUGGAUAUGUUCACAUUUCGAAAGCCAAUCGAGAUCACACACAAGGAUUUAAUGAAUGAAAAUGUUCACGAAUGUGCCUUAAUGUGUACAUAUAACCUGAUAUAUAAACAAAAACCUUUAUUUUAAAAUG